AUGAAAACUCCAGUAACAAUGAACAGUAUUCGUAUUGGCAUUACAGAUUGUGCACGUUAUGCUAAUUAUGAGAGAUGGUUUUUAGAUGCACCGGCUAAAGUUGAUAUUAUUCGUCUUUCAUAUCAUUUGAAUAAUGUUGAUGAUAUAGAACAAUGUCAAGGUAUUGUUUUAUCUGGUGGAGAAGAUGUUGAUCCACGUCGAUAUAAACGACCAGAACUUCUUGGUAGAUUAGAAUUAACUGAUAUUGAUGAAAAACGUGAUGAAUUCGAAUGGGAAGUUAUUGGACGGGCACUCAAAUUAAAAUUACCCAUUCUUGGCAUUUGCCGUGGCUUGCAAUUAUUCAAUGUUUAUCAUGGUGGUACACUUAUUUUUGAUAUUCCAUCUGUUACAAAUAUUAAUGGACAUGCAAAAAUACAAGGUAUGGAUCAACGUCAUGAAAUAUCUGUUGGAGAAAAAACUCUUCUCAAUGAAAUCACAGGAUGUGUUAAAGGUGCUGUGAAUUCUUCACAUCAUCAAUGUGUAGAAAACCUUGGUACAAACUUAUUGGUUGCUGCUAGAGCAGAAGAACCCAUUGUCGAAGCAUUACAAUGGCAAAAUGCACAUGAAAAUCCAUUCUUUUUAGGCGUACAAUGGCAUCCUGAACGAAUGGUUGAUCAAAAUAGUCCAUUUUCAUACAAUAUUCGCCAAGCAUUUCUUGAUUAUAUCAUCGAACAUCAAGAACAAACAUUAACAGAAAAUGAAGAAAACAUGGUGACAACAGAAAUAUCAAAAGAUUAG